AGCCGUUCCGGCUCAACUGAGGGCCCGCCCUCCCGCACACGCUCGUGCGAUAGUUUUGCGAGUAGCGUGAGUGCUGUGCGGAAGGCGGUGUAAAGCGGAGAGUGGAGGGAAAGGGAGAGCCAUGGAGCCUCAGUCGAUCGGCAAGGUAGUUGGUUCAGAAAUGCGAAGCGAGGGGAGGGUGUCGGGACCUUCUCAGUCAGGCACACAGAAAGACCCGUCGGGAAGGGCGAAGAAAAAGAAGGAAAAUGCGCGUAGCACCAGUACAACGGCAGCAUCAGGAAGACAGCGACCUGGGGUUGACAGUCAGGAAGGACCUGGCAGUCAGGAGAUGGCUGACAGACAGGAGGUCAAUGAUCUGAGACUUCAGGUGGAGAGACUGGAAGAAUUGAUGGGGAAGUUGCAGCAGAGGCUCGAUUUGCAGGAGUCUCUCCUAACGCAGGCUGUUUCCGCCCUUCGAGGGGCUCAGAAGUCCUCACCAGAGAAGGGUCCAGAAGCCCAGAUCGGUGAGAAAGAUGGCUUUGAGAUGCCAAUACAAGCAGAGUUUGCUGGCGAGCCGCUGGUUUCAGAGAAGGUCGCCGAUGUCGAUGGCGACGCGGAGGAACCGCCCGCAAGACAAGACGUUUCAAGUAGGCACAUGCUUCGGAGGAACAUGACGACUGGCCAUUUUGACCAGCUCGUGGAAAAUAAGGUUGGUUGGGAAAAUUCGAUUUGGGACAUCUCGUUUUUCAUAGGCAUGAAGGAAGUAGACGUGGCCGGCUCAGUCUUCACAUUUUUGGUAUUGUUCCUAAAUUUGCUCAUCCAGUUCGUUUUUAUAAACAUCGUUGAACAGAGUUUCACCAGCAGCAGCUUCAGUGACGCGACGAUCGCCGCCUUCAAGAAGUGGCGCUUGAAUUUUGGACAUGAUGCGUCACACCUCGACAGCUCUUUCGUGUCCCUCGCCAGUCGCCUUUGUAGCGAGGACAGGUCGCUAGAGAUGUCCGGCGAGCAGGCAAGGGCAUUGUCUCUUAUCCAGAAUUACAUCCCGACAGACGAGGGGAAACACCUUGUAUUCUUUGGGAGUCAAGUUGGCCCAGUAUUUUGCAUUUUGUGCAUCACCCUCUGGGUUCUGACGACAUCUUCGGAAUUGCAGCGCAUCGUGUCGCAAUGCCGGGCCCUCCUGAUGCUACCGAGAACUCAUGGAAUUCGGUCCGGCACGGUGGUGAAGCAGAAGCCGAAAGGUGGUUGGACGUUGGUGUCGUUGUGCCCUGUCCGGAUCGGCAUAUUUUUCAUAGUUCAAUUGUUCCGCAUUUGGAUCGCGGCAUGGCUCACAAAAGCGGGGAUCCAGUUUUUGGUAUACACCACAAGUCUCAGAGAAUUGGUGCUCAAGGCAGUAGGAUUGAAGUUUGUCCUCACUGUGGACGAGUUGCUGGCACAGGCUCUUGCGCCGACGCAGGCAGUCAAGUUCGUCCAGCUACUAGACCCGAUGAAGGGGCCAAAGCGGGCGUCAUGGCGUGGCCUCGAUCGCCGCACUUUCUGCUCCGCCAUUGGCAUUCUUGUCGUCAUAGGAACCGUGGUGCCACUCUGGCUUGCACCAGAGAUCUCGCGCUUGGAGCAGGCGCGUGAUGCUUUGUGUGCAGGCGAUACCCAAUUCGUAACGACUCCUUCGACGUACCCACCCUACACAUGGUGGGCUAAGUCCGUAGCGCCAGACACGGAAAGCAUUACUAGGGAUGCGAGCGGUGUAUGGGACGUUGCCGACGACGGACAAGGAUUGUCUUUCGAUUACCGUUUCAGCCAUAGGAUGACAGCGAGGAUUAUCAGGACGGAUCUUGCAGAAGAAGCGAUAGAUAUGAAGAACCCAUCUAUUCUCGGUUCUGCAUGGUCCUUGAAAGCGAUGGAGAGUUGGGGUGUUGCCAAAGGUGUAAAUCGUUUCAAUUUCUAUUGCGAAGAUGGUGCGGGCUACGGCGACAUCAAGAAUGCGCCAAUGUGGUAUCAAAGUGCACUGGAUGACUUCUUUGAGAAACCUAUUCGCAGCUGCGCUGCGGCAGCAGAGUUUUGUCAUAACGACACUGCAGCCGGAGUUUGCGCGCGGUCGUGGUGCCCAGUAACGUGCGGUUGCAGAUCCCCGAGCUCAGACCUUAUCUUGAAGGACACUGAAAGCGGAUGCCCUGCCCCUUGCAAGGAUCACCCCUUGUAUGUGGCGGAGCUUGCGAGCGCUUCUUGUGUUGAGAGGGCGCCAGAGGUGAUUACACAAGCCAGCGAUUGGCAAGCGUUCAUGGCGAAUCUAGAGGUGGCCGCGACGGAUUGGACUCCAGGGGGCAUUGAGUUUGCCAAAACCAUUACAGGGACCAUGGGUGCCUAUGGAUGCGGCGCAGUCACAAUUCUGAAGGAGAGCUUCGACAUGUGCAGGGAGGGAGACAACUACAAACCAAUCCCCAUGAAGACCUUGCGUUUCAUGUGCCCUCAGACCUGCAACUGUACGCCUGACAUGUUUGACUGUCCUUCUUCCAUCGCCUGCAAUGCGACGGUGUAGGUGGAACACCCACCACAGAGAUUGUGGAGUUCUCACGGUUGUGGCGGCUUGCCACCCAUCGUUUUUCUUGAUGAGGUCCGCAGUGGCCUCUACGCUGGCGAGAUGCUUUCCCCCACCGUUUUUCCUGAGAAGUUCCGCAGUGGGUUUUUUCCCGCUCGUAAGAUCCACAACGCUUCGCGUUCACUCGGCCAGACGGGCUGUCCCCUGCUCCUGUGGAUGUUCCUCUUCCGCGCAGCUUCGAGGGGCAGCCUGUUUCCCCGGCCCUCUUGAGCGGCCCCAUCCGGGGGCCCCCUCGUGCCGCCGCGAGGCUCUACUCGGGGCCAACUCGGGCCGUCUUGCGGGGCUCUGGGUGCUUUCUUGGG